AUGGUUAGCAAGGUCGAGAUUCUCCGCCAACGCCGCCUCGUCUCCGACGCGGAAGCCGCCCGCGCCGAUGCCUCCGCGCUCAUGCCGCGCGGGGAGGCUUCCGCGCACCUGGACUCCGCCGCACUCGGUCAGGGCGGGGCGGAACCCACGGGGUCGGAAGGCGGAACCCCUCGCGCGGGAGCGGACAUGGAGGGCAUCGCGCGGCGGAGCAGCUUGACGGGGGAGAUGAAGCGCGAGAUUUGCGAGUUGAAGCAGCGCAGCGACAAGAUGUCGCAAGACAUGAUCGUGGCGGAGAUAGAGGCGCGCCACGGUGUGCGCCUCAGCCGCACGACUGUGUGCAAGAUCCUCAAGGACUCCCCCAAGUGGCUCCACCUCUCCGACGCUGAGGCUCGGCAGAAGCGCCAGAGGCUCGGCAAAUUCCCGGACCUGGAGGACGAGCUCAUCGAUUGGUUCCGAGAGAUCAUAUCGCAGCGACCCAAUAUAGUGGACUCCAUUAUAGUGGACAAGGCGCGGCAGCUGGCGGGGGAGCGGGGCAUCGCGGCGGGCGAGUUCAAGAUGUCGGACGGCUGGCUCAGCCGCUUCAAGCGCCGCAUCAGCGCCGCCAUCCAGCAGCAGCCCGCAAGCAGCCGGGACGCGCAGGAGGAGCAGCUGGCAGGGCGGGCAGGGGAGGGCGACGACAGCGACGAGGAUGCACCGCCCAGUAGGAAGCGCACGCGGUGGAACCCCACCACGUACCGCAAGUCCUUCUCCUUCGUGCCCACGCUCGGCCUGCCCGUCGUCGACCUGCUCGCCCCGCUCCCAGGCGAGCGAGUGUUGGACCUGGGGUGUGGCGAGGGCACGCUGUCCAAGUUCCUGUCAGCGCUGGGGUGCCACGUGGUGGGUGUGGAUUCGUCACCUGACAUGGUGGAGAUGGCACGCCGCGACGGGGUCAACGCCAUUCUUGCUGACGCCUGCCAGCUGCAGUUUUCAUCGGAGUUUGACUGUGUGUUCAGCAAUGCGGCGCUGCACUGGAUGAAACGCGACCCCUCCCUGGUCGUCGCCAACGUGCGCGCCGCCCUCAAGCCCGGCGGCAGGUUCGUGGCGGAGAUGGGGGGUUUUGGCAACGUGGCAUCGGUGGUGACGGCGCUGGUGGCGGUGCUGCGGUCUCGGGGAAUAGACGCGGCGGCCAUGGUGCCGUGGUACUUUCCCACGCAGGAGGAAUACAGGCAGCUGCUGGAGCUGCACGGCUUCGAGGUGGAGCACAUGGAGGUGGUGGCGCGCCCCACGCUGCUGCCGGACGGCGUGGCCAGCUGGCUGGACGCAUUCGCGCAGAGCUUCUUCCACGGGCUCAGCGAGGCGGACAAGAACGCCGUGUACGACGACGUGCAGCUCGCCCUGCACCCCACCCUGUGUGACUCCGAGGGCCGCUGGUUCGCUGACUAUGUGCGCCUGCGCUUCCGCGCCUCCCUGCCUGCGGCUCCUCCGGCGAUGGGGGAGGCUGCUGGGCUGCAGGAGGCGGGGCAGGCGGUGGGCGUGCAGGGCGAGCAGGGAGGGCACGGAGGGGAGGCAGUGCAAGAGGGUGGCAACUGA